UCAACAAAAAGUGGCUUUUGGCUUUUGGCUCAGAGGAAGCAAGCGUACAACUAUGUUCGGUCGUCCCGAUUCCAGAUCCAUCGACACCAGCUGCCUCUACCAUGCUGCCUAAGUUUGACCACAUCAAGAUCAAAGUCAUACACCUGAGGUGCACAGGUGGCAAAGUCAGUGCCAAUCUUCCUGGCCCCAAAGAUCAGCCCCUGGGUCUGUCUCCACAAAAGUUUGGUGAUGACAUCCUCAAGGCAACCGGUGAUUGGAAGGGUAUGAAGAUUAGAGUGAAACUGACCAUUCAGAACAGACAGGCCCAGACUGAAGUGGUUCUUUCUGCAUCUGCCCAGAUUAUCAGAGCCCUCAAGGAACAACCAAGAGACAGAAAGAAGCAGAAAAACUUGAAGCACAGUGGAAAUAUCACUUUUGAUGAGAUUGUCAGCAUUGUCUUACAAAUGUGGCACAGAUCUUUAGCUAGAGAACUCUCCAGAACCAUUAAAAAGAUCCUGGGGACUGCCCAAUCUGUGUGGAUGGCCACCACCCUCAUGACAUCAUAGAUGACAUCAAUAAUGCUGCAAUUGAA